GUUCAAAGUUUGAAGUACCCUAGGUUAGGUAGGUUAAAAUACUUUUUGACUGCUGUGGUAGUGCCAAAAACGCCAGGCGGUGGCAGAUGGCAUUAAAAUAAAACGCGUUCCAAAUUCAAUUAACGCGUCCCCGAUUCUUGGCAGCUUAACAAGUCACUUUUAUUCAAAUGGUAUCUAGUUACUUACCAGCUAGCUAACCAGUACCUAUACCUGCCUGUCUUUCAUAUUCAAUGUUUGUCUUAUCAGCAAAUAUAUGAAUGAAUGAAUGAAUAAACAAAAGCUCUCGCCUGUCUAUAAUUCAUCAUCGCAGCUUUAUUACUACUUGGAACUACAUACUCUGUAUACAAACACCCAUGAACCACAAAUAUGGCGUUGAUUGUGGACAAACACCGACCGCGCUCUCUCGAUUCAUUGACUUACCACUCUGAACUAUCCGAGAGACUUCGAUCUUUAGCUCAAAGCGGCGACUUCCCUCAUCUCCUCGUCUACGGCCCCUCCGGCGCGGGUAAGAAAACUCGAAUCGUUGCAACCCUUAAAGAGCUCUAUGGACCUGGUGUUGAGAAAAUCAAGAUUGAUGCCCGAGUUUUCCAAACUACCAGCAACCGCAAGUUAGAAUUCAACAUUGUAGCUUCGGUUUACCACCUCGAGAUUACUCCGUCAGAUGUUGGAAACUAUGAUCGAGUUGUCGUCCAAGAUCUGCUGAAAGAAGUUGCCCAGACACAACAAGUUGAUCAGUCAGCCAAGCAAAAGUUCAAGGUUGUUGUCAUCAAUGAGGCAGAUCAUCUAACACGGGAUGCUCAAGCAGCUCUGAGAAGAACGAUGGAAAAGUAUAGCCCAAACCUACGGUUGAUAUUGCUAGCCAACAGCACAGCCAAUAUAAUUGCACCCAUUCGAAGUCGAACACUCCUUGUACGGGUCGCUGCGCCCACAGUCGACGAGAUUGCUAGUGUUCUAGCAGAUUCAGCCAAGAAAGAAGGGUGGCCUGUUGUGAAGGGAUUACAUAAGAGAAUUGCCGAGGAGAGUGGACGGAAUUUAAGAAGAGCAUUACUAAUGUACGAGGCUGUACAUGCUCAAAAUGAGAAAGUCACGGACAACACUCCUAUUCCGCCCCCUGAUUGGGAAGCACUAAUCUCGCAGAUCGCCAAGGAGAUCAUGGAAGAACACUCACCAGCCCGUAUCUUGCAAGUUCGGUCGAAGCUAUACGAUCUUCUUACGCACUGCAUACCCCCCACCACUAUCCUCAAGACCCUGACUUUUAAACUUAUCCCUAUGAUUGACGACGAUUUGAAAUAUGAAGUUAUCAAGUGGUCCGCCUUUUACGAGCACAGAAUAAGAACGGGAACCAAGGUCAUAUUUCACCUGGAGGCUUUUGUCGCCAAGUUCAUGAGGAUAAUCGAGAUGUAUUUGAUGAGCAUGGAUAUGUGAUAACCAAAAGGAUAGGUACUUUAGGUCUUCGGCGCCUUGUUCAUAGAGCAAUGCGGGCUGGAUCACUAUAUCGCGGCGGGCUUGUUUGGAAGACAAGGCGUAUUUGGUUCCUAGGUAGUAAUGGUAUCCGUUCCCCCUCGGGAGUGCAAAUUUAUAACAGGAUUUGGCAACCAUUUCUCUUAUCAGACGAUAUGAGUGGACUCGAGGCAGUCAACUGAGCUCAGGAGCUGUGGGUUGGGUGAAUAGGUAGGUACCUACCUACAUAUAUAACCAAUUACAACCUAUCCAUUCCGAUGAGUUCCGGAAGCGCCAGUAUGUCAACAACCACGCUCUUCCCGAAAGGCCGAGUUGGCUCCGCUUCGAGUUCAACGUCAUCCCGACAACGGACACAUUUUGAGUGACCGAGUGCCGACAGCUUGGAUAGCAGCUGCAGCAAUGGUGGGACUAAGGCUCCAGUCUUGCAUAUACAUAGCCGUCACCAUACAGAAUGCUUAAUUCGACCUCGGUUAGUAAACGAUCAGUGUCCAACAUAUCGUACCAGUUUUAGAUAUACAUUCCUAAUCAAAGAGUAUGUAUGUCCAGUAUGGUACGAUCAACUCCCAUCGCUCGACUUCAUGAUUACUACAUAGCCAAGCCGAGCAUCUUGUCUAACCGGAAAACUAGUUUCCCCCACAAUCCCAAGACC